CGCCGAUAAACUAGACUCGUCUCCAACCAUCAUCCACCGCGGUCUCUCUUCCCCCAGUGCUUGUGUACCGCCCAAUCGAUACCUUUCUCGGCUCUCUCUUUGUUUUUACGUCCUCCGUCCCAUUAAUCGCGCCUUUCCCGCCCUGUCUUUUCGGUUCAAUCGCUUGCAUCUGGCCGAGGGGCCCCUCAAGAACAGUACGCAGGCGCCAUGUCCGGCGCAAGGCAUUGGGAGCAAGACAAGGAGGCUACCGUCUACAUUGGCAACCUCGAUGAACGGGUAUCAGAUAGCCUGGUAUGGGAGCUGAUGCUUCAGGCCGGGCGCAUCGUUAACGUUCACCUACCGAAAGAUCGGGUCACACAGUCGCAUCAGGGCUACGGGUUCGUGGAAUUCAUCAGCGAGGAGGAUGCCGAAUACGCGUCACGGAUCAUGAACGGAAUCCGCCUGUACGGAAAGCCUAUCCGCGUGAAUAAAGCAUCUGCCGAUAAGCAGAAGUCGGUGGAAAUUGGGGCGGAGCUGUUUGUCGGGAACCUCGAUCCUAUGGUUACGGAGCAGGUCCUUUAUGACACAUUCAGUCGCUUUGGAAACUUGAUAAAUAUUCCCAAGAUCGCCCGAGAUGACAAUAACCUGUCAAAGGGCUAUGGGUUCGUGUCGUUUGCCGACUUUGAAUCUUCGGACGCUGCCAUAUCCAACAUGAAUGGCCAGUAUCUUAUGAACAAGCAGGUCUCGGUACAAUACGCAUAUAAGAAGGAUGGAAAAGGUGAACGCCACGGUGAUGAGGCAGAGCGCAUGCUGGCAGCACAGGCUCGCAAGCAUAAUGUGCGUCUGCCAACCCAACCACUACCGCCGCAAUUUUCAACCCCGGCGACACCCAUGGUUCCAGCCGCGAUGGCCAACGGCGACAGCUCUCGGCCAAUGAGCACCAAUCCGCCGGACCUGAGUAUGGGGAGAGGCAUGGCUCCUUCGAAUGUGGCCUACCAAAACGUCCCUCCUCCACAGUCAAGUCGACCCGUCCCACCUCCCACAUCUCUGGCGAACCCACCGCCUGGUUUACCUGCACGGCCGCCGCCUUCACAGGCUGGAUAUGGAGGCCCGCAGUCUUUUCUUCCCCCGGGCUUCAACGGUGGCAGCCAACAACCCUCUUUUCCUCAAGCAGCGGCUCCGCCGGGGUUCGCACCGCCAGGAUUCGGUCCCCCUGCAGGAAGCCCUAGCUCUGCACCUCCUUUGCCGCCUGGAUUCCAACAACCUGGCUAUGGGCGCGGGCGCUGAGCAUUCAGGGUGGGAUACAUCGGAAUGAAUAGAAUAACAGGGUUAGAAAGAAAAGUGCCAUUCUCUUCGCCCAUUACUUGGUUUGUAAGAUGAUGACUACUCGAACACGAUGUAACGACCCACAACUGAGUGGUUGGCGCCCUAAAGGAUGAAGGAUCAUGCCCCGGAUCCAAUGGUUCUAGAAGCCUCAGCUUACCGGAGAACUAAACCGGCUUGUUUUUAGGUGGCGGAAUUGAAGCGCCGGUCCGGGCUUCACAUAUCGAUGGGAAAGAGUAAUGUGUACCAAUGGUUGGAUCUGAUUCCCGCCGUUCUCGAUCUCUUCAUUCGCGCUAGGUAAUACAAUAUAUAUGAAUGUGGCACUAC